GUACCACGUGGCGUGGGCUCCCAGUAUCAUGGCCGAAGUCAGUUUUUGCUCUUUACCACGAACUGUGAAUUAUCGCGCUGUUCAAAUGUAAAAAUCUGCCUCUUGAAUAUUUUAAAAGUUAUAUGCCUGUGUGCCCACCAGCCUAAGGACUUUUCUAUAAACCAAACCACUGGUAAAGUAGCAGAGUCGAUGUAGAGCAGCUCUCCAGCUCCUCGGCUCUGUUGUUUGCCUACGCUGGGACUCACCUGCGCCAGGUAACAGAAGACUGUUGCCACGGUAACAACAAGAACAACAGAUGCCAGUUCAGUAGCUGCAGUGGUGAUGCAGCAGAAGCGCUGCCCCCUGAGGGCCAGCUUGCCUUUCUGCAUUCAGGUUGGAGACACACAGAGACACUGCUUGCACAGGGUCAAGGCAUCAGCAAUGUGGAGUUCAUUCCUCCUCCUCCUGGUAUUGUUGACUGGGUGUGUAAACCCAGUCAUAGGGUACAGUGAUGGGAAGGUGAGUAUAGCCUGUGGAGACAUGGUGCCUCAGCAUGGUUACGAUCCCAGCCCAGAGCCGCCUCCAUACACCAUCACUGUAGACAAAUCCACAUUCAGUCCCGGUGACAACAUCACAGUAUCUCUGCAAGUGGCUCCCUCUCACCCCACGUUCUUCAAGGGGUUCCUGAUUGAAGCUCGGGAUGCUGGGAAAUUGGACUACCCAGCAGUGGGAUCCUUCUUUCUGACUGACCCUCAUCAGUCUCAGCUGCUACAGUGUGGUCACACUCAGGGAUCUGGGGUGAGCCACAAGGCAGGCACAAAAAAGACUCAGGUUCAGGCUGUGUGGGCAUCACCAAACAACCCUCCACAAAGAGUCCAGUUUCUUGUGACAGUGGUGCAUGAGUACAAGGUAUAUUGGGUGAAGAUUGCAGGUCCUGUGGUGACUCUGAGUGGAGUGACUGCUGCUCCAUCCACUGCUGUUCCUGCUCAAACCACCAGCUCCACCGCUCUGUCCACACCGUUUAGCUCAGUGGAGUGCAGCCAAAGUAAAUCUUGCCUCAGAGACCCAGUGGGAUGUGACCCAGAGUCAGAUCCCCGCUGCUUCUUCCUGUCCUUUACCGCUGAUGAAGCAGGUGGGAGUGUGAUGUUUGAAGUCAGCGGGCCUGCUGAGGGUUACAUGUCCAUCGCCCUGUCUCUGGAUAAAUGGAUGGGGAAUGAUGACAUCUAUCUGUGUGUGAAGGAUGGAGGCAGAGUUACAAUCAGUGCUGCAUAUGUGUCUGGACGAACACACCCUGAGCUGGCAACAGAGGAGGCUCUGUGGGGUCAGGCCUGGAGGCUGGCCGACGGGGUCAUCCAGUGUCGUUUCCAUAGAAACAUCCUCAUACCUAACAGGUUCAACUUAAACCAGAGCUAUUUCCUGUUUCUUGCACAUGGUAGAUCUCACCAAGGUGAAAUCCACAGACAUGAUCGUCAGCCUCUCAUCUCCAACAUUCAGAAGUUGAUCACUGGACCUCCAGAGGAUCUAAGUGGCUCUCGCUCGCCCCUGCUGAUCAAGUUCCAUGGUGUGUUAAUGCUUACUGCCUGGAUGUGGACAGUGAGCACAGCCAUCUUUAUUGCUCGCCACUACAAACACUUUUGGCCUGACACAACUCUGCUGGGACAAAGGCUGUGGUUUCAGCUCCAUCGAACUAUGAUGGUCUUGGCUGUGGUCCUAACUAGUGUUGCCUUCACCCUGCCUUUCAUAUACAGGAGGGGAUGGAGCAAGGGUGCAGGCUCUCACCCUUACAUAGGCUGCACUGUCAUGGCUCUGUCUAUCAUCCAGCCAAUUAUGGCAAUUCUCAGACCGGUCCCAGAGUCCCCCAGGAGGAUCCUUUUCAGCUGGCUACACUUUGGAGUAGGCACUGCUAGCCAGGUACUUGUGGCGGUGUGUGUGUUCCUGGGUGCUGCUCAGCAGGCGCUUCUGCUACCCAGUCCUUGGUCUCCUGCAGUGCUGACUGGAUGGGUCCUGUGGAUCGUGCUCACAGACCUGCUGCUACUAAUCCACUCCUGUAGACGCAGAAGUAGAGGAAAUAAAAACAGCGAUGACAAAGAGAACAUUUUGUUUGUUCAGUUCGAGAGGUGGCAGCAUGGAGAGAGUCCCAAAGUCAAGAAGAUGGUGUUGGUAGUGUUCCUAAUAGGAAACACAGGGUUCCUGGCUGCCUUUAUAAAAGCUAUUUCAAAUGUAUAAUUAUGACAAAUGAUCGCCAUAUAUGAGACUAUCUUGUAAAUGUUGUGUAUGUUUUUACAUUGUGCUGCCUUUUCAUCUAGUGCCACCAUCAGGGGUUAAAAUUUCCACUAUGACACAGAUCAAUGACAAGGUAUUUAAAAUCUAAAUAUAAUGGCCAAACUGUCCUAUAGUUAGUUGUAUGUUAAUGCUUCCGAUUAUUCUCCAGCAUCAAACCUAAAUUUCACCUGCUCACAAAAACUAGGCCAGAUUUCAGUUAAAAUUUACUGAGCACAUUCACCACAAAAUGAGCCAUUUCCAUUCUGGACAGCUCUUCAACUUUUAGUGCCAACCUCAGGCUAAAUUGUCAUCUUGGCAGACAAAUAAUCUCAUAAUAAGCAGAGCAUGUUAUGUACCCAAACAAAUAAAGGUAGCCAACAUUCUUCAUAUACAUCUUUUAUUGUUGCACUAAUCUCUUCAAUACUUGCAUGAAGAAUACAAAGUGAAAAGUCCCUGCAUAUUUAGUGUAGUUCAGUUAAGAGCCCAGUAAACCCAAAAAAUCAAUGGCAGGGACUUUUCACACCAUGUUCAUACAUCAGCAAGUAAUCCUUGAGAUUUGUAAGCUAUACUCUAACAGUGAAGCAUACAAACAUGAAACGUAAAACAAUGCUGUUUAAGGUCAGUUCAAUCCAAGGUCAAGAAAGUACCAAGCUCUUAUAACCUGCUUUUCAGAGUAGCUGGACAUAUCAAGGCUUUGUAAAUAAUGAUAAACAUUUCUUUAUUAAAAUCAGCAGAUACCACUUAAGAAAAUCUCUUUUGAAAAUGUCUUGUUUGUGGUCAUGCAUGUCACAAUAAAGGGAACCACAAAGAAAAGUGCUUUAAAAUGAAUACUGGCCUACAAAUGCCCUGAUACAUAAAAAUUGAAAGAAUGUUGGAAAGUAAAGUCAGAAUUUGAUUGAACAUUUACAAGAAGUAUAUGUGAGUACACUGUGGCCUCACUCUGUAUAAGUCAACAUUCAUUUAUAGUGCUAUUGUAUAAAGAAUAAAGUAGGUUAAUCUGCAGAAA